CAAAAUUUUCACAUAUACCCCGAAUUUUCCUUUUUUUUUUCCUUGAAAAAAAAUUUUUUAACAGACACAACAUAUUUCUCAUUUUUAGCACAUUAAACCUAAGGAUAUGGCUCGUACUAAGCAAACUGCUCGUAAAAGUACUGGAGGAAAAGCUCCCAGGAAACAACUUGCAACAAAAGCUGCUCGAAAAUCAGCCCCAGCUACAGGUGGUGUUAAGAAACCUCAUCGUUAUAGACCUGGUACUGUAGCUUUACGUGAAAUUCGACGUUAUCAAAAGUCUACUGAACUUUUGAUCCGCAAGUUACCUUUCCAACGACUUGUUCGUGAAAUCGCCCAAGACUUUAAAACGGAUCUACGUUUUCAAUCCAGUGCUAUUGGUGCACUUCAAGAGGCCGCCGAAGCAUAUCUAGUGAGUCUUUUUGAAGAUACAAAUCUUGCAGCAAUUCAUGCUAAACGCGUUACCAUACAACCAAAGGAUAUUCAAUUAGCCCGCCGUCUUCGUGGUGAACGUUCUUAGUUAAUGGUCCUUAUAUAUACUGACACACGAUAUUAUUACCUGUUACUUUUGAAUUUUUAUAAUAAUAAUUAAACAUAUGUUUAUUUUAUUAUUCUUUUACCUUCUUUACACAUAGAAUACUGGGGGAAAUUAUUCAGCUAAUUACUAUGUCGUGAAAAUAAAAGCAUAACAUAGUUCAUUUUAUUUCGCAUGUAAAAAAUAUAUACAGUAAAAUUUAUAAAUAAUAAAAUAUUGAAAUUAUUAAUG